AUGGAUGGUGUUGAGGAGGUGGAGGGUUACAAGCCUGACCCAGGAUUUGAAGAAGAUUCAAGGGAACCAUUAGCUGAUAUUAGUUUGUCAGGUUCAACUGAGCUUUGGCUCAUUCAAUGGCCUCCCAAUGAACUUCCUGAUGUUAAUGGGAAAGAAUUAUCUCUCAGUCUUGAUCAGGAUGGAUGUUUGGGAAGUUUCGAGGCUUCAUCGGGGAAAGUAUAUGAUCUGGUCAGCUGCUCUGCUCAAGAGCAAGAUGCUACAGUUUUCCUGUCCUCUGAAUCGGAAACAAAGAUUGUUGGGAAAAUUUCAAGACGAGUUUCCCUUGUGCAUUAUCCUGACCCUAAAGAACUUGAGAAACAAGAAGCAGAAAAGAAGUCAAAACGCUCGUAUCAGAUGUCUGCUGGAUCUUCAUUGAUGAAUUCUUCCCUCCAUUCUGGAACUACAACCCCAAGUUCUAAGCUGCGAAACUCACAGCUGUCAAGGGGACAUGCUGCCUCUACACAUAGUAGCAGACAUAAGAGUUCAUUGUCUGAAGCUGGGGAGCAAUCAAAUACUAAACAAAGGCGUAUGCAUAAUCGCAGUGGAUCCACAGAUCAGUCUACUCUAGACUCAGGAAGAGGUCACAGUGUUUAUACCUAA